AUGGCUGCUGUUCCAUCUCAGAUCUCGGUCGUCGACCAACCCCAGGAAGUCUCCCUCAAGACUACCAUGACUGAACAGGUCACUGAGGUAGUAGACCUUGCGCCUCCCCUGCUUCCCACAGAAUGGAUUGGCCCGAUGGGUUGGGUCAGACUUGUGUAUCACUUUGAGCUUCCCCAGAGCUACGAUGCUGAGGAGUUGACGACAAUCUUCAAGAAGAGUUACACUGCUUUCAAGGACCGUGUUCCUAUUGCUGGCUGCGAGUUUGUCCCCACCCCCACAUACCUUGAGGAUGGUAAGCUACAACUCCGCCAUUACGGCGAUGAGAUUGAGCAUGACUUCAAGGUGAAGGACCUUCGCAAUGAGGACUUUCCUUCUUUCGAGGAACUCAAAACCAAGGGCUUCCCUGCCUCGGCUCUGGACACUAAUGUCGUCUGUCAACGAGGCCUUGGCGGAGAGUGGCCUGCUGCUGGAGUCGAUAGACUCAACACCACUAUGUUGCAACUGAACUUUGUCAAGGGCGGUCUCCUACUCAACAUGCUCUUCCUCCACGCUGCUGUCGAUGGCGCUUGCAUGUACAAGUUCACCGAGCUUCUCGCCGAAGAGGUCCGAAAGGCUCAAGGUAUCCCCAUCAUCGAGCCAGCUGAGGUCCCCAUGGCAGACCGUGCCAAGAUUGCCAAGUCUUCAGGUGCCAAGCCUGGUAACCCCGAGGACCACGCUGAGUACCUCGAGAUUCCUUUUACACCCACAGGUCCUCCUGAGAAGCUUGCCAUGCCCAUCGCCCACGGCAACGUCUUUUACUUCUCACCUGAGAAGAUCGAGGCUCUCAAGGAGCUCGCUUCUCCCUCCAACGCCAAGCACUUCAAGUCAAAUGAGGACAACGCUCCCUUUAUUUCGACCAACGAUGCCAUCACAGCUCUUGUCUGGCGCUGCACAAUGAGCGCUCAGCACAAGCAUAAGGAGGGUGAGACUAAGCCUACCGGACCUUCUAUGCUCGGCCUCGCUCUCGAUGCUCGUCGUCGCUAUGCUGGCCAGGAUGUUCACAAGCACACUAUCGGCAACAUUCUCGGCUUUGCGCCCGCUAUCAUGGACAUUGACACACUGAUGAAUGAGGAUGAAGUUACCCUGGCUGAUAUCGCCUUGAUCGUCCGAGGUGCUGUGAACAAGUCAAAGGACUCAUACCUCGACAGCAUCACUGCACGCGUCGAGCGCGUCGACAACGUGUCUCGUCUCAUUCCUACCAUCUUCCUCGACAUGCCCGGCAACCACGCUCUUCUGUCUUCAUGGAGAGAAUUUCCCUUCUACGACAUCAAGUGGGGCGCUGCUCUCGGCGACACUAUUCUCGCCGUCCGACCUCCCAAGGCAGGAGUCACACAUUCUAUGCACGUUCUUCUGCCCCAACGACCUGCGGCUGGCCCAGGCAUCGAGGUUUUCGUCAAUACUGAGAACAAUGCUAUGGAGACUCUUCUGAACGACCCACUGUGGCGACAGUAUGCCGAGGGACCUGAGAGUAUUUAA